AUGAUCACUGCUAGAGAGACACAAACAUCUUUAUUUGUAAUGCUGAUGCUUUACUUAACAGCAGCAGCUGGUCAAACUCACUACUCAGCAGUCAGAGUUGGUGAUGAAAUCACUUUGUCUUGUGAAAAUGUGAACAUCAGGAAUCACUGUGACAGCAUCACCUGGAUGUUCGGCAGUAACAGAACAACAUCAAUACUGUUUGAAAAUGGAAAGAUUCAUGAAGAUGCAGCAGCUAAAUCAGACAAACUGAGAAUUACAUCAAAAUGUUCUCUGAUUAUAAAGGAAGUCUCAGAUGAGGAUGUUGGUCUGUACAUCUUCAGACGGUUCAUAAAUGAACAAGAACAAGACUUCAACAUUAUUCUGUCUGUUAUUCACAUGGUUGAACAGAAACAGGAAGAUAAAAUAAUCUUGACCUGCUCUGUCACAGACCUUAUCCACUACAGACACACAGUGGAGUGGCUGAAUGAAGGUAGAGAGGAAACUUUCUCACACAUGCAGAGAUCAGAUCAGUUCUGCUCUGCUACUGUAACGAUUCCAGCAUCUGACAGAAACUGGAAGGAAAACUUAAAGUGUAAAGUUACAAAUGAUUACAGUAACAAAGUGCAGCUGUUUGACUUCAGGAUUCAGUCCUUUGGUGGAAAAACAGCAAAGACAACGACCACCACACGACCACCUAGAACUACAACAACAAGAAAGUCAACAACAACAAAGAUGACGGCAACAAAGUUACCUGCAACUACAACAACUACAACAGAAUCAUUAAACAAAUUGACGUCUAUGGCAAUUAAUUCAUCUACAAAUGUCAACAAUUUCUCCAAAACUCCAGGUUGGUCGAUGUUUUAUAUAAUCUGUCCUGCAGUGAUCAUAGUAACUGUUCUGCUGAUCAUUGGAUGGAAGAAAACCAGAAAAAACAGACAGAAAAUAUGUUUUUAG